AUCAAAGUUGUAGUAGUAUUCUUAUUAUCUUUGUCGCAUUCAUGUUUUCAAGCUAUACAACAACAAAAUCGAGAGUUUCCAACUAUUCUUGCAUUUGGAGAUUCGAUUCUUGAUACUGAUAACAACAAUCUUCUCGUGACAAUGACAAGAUCCAAUUUUGUGCCAUAUGGACGCGAUUUUCCUCUCCAUAUCCCCACCGGAAGAUUCGGGAACGGAAAAGUUUUAUCGGAUUUAGUUGCGUCAAGUUUAGGGAUAAAAGAUCUUUUACCAGCUUUCCGUAGCCCAUUUCUUAAGGCAAGUGAACUUCCUACUGGAGUUUGCUUUGCGUCCGGUGGUUCAGGAUUAGAUAAGCUUACAGCAACUAUACUGGUACGGGGUUAUAUGGGUAGAAGAUCAAUUGGAGAUGCUGCUAAAGUCAAAGAGAUUAUAGCCAAUGCUGUGAUUCUAAUCUCUGUUGGAAAUAAUGAUAUUGCCGUCACAUAUUAUGCAACUAUGGCUAGGAGAACGAGUUAUAAUAUCGAAACAUACACUGAUAUGCUCAUCGGUUGGAAAACUGUCUUCAUUAAGAAUCUUUACAAUUUGGGAGUGAGAAAAUUUGCGGUUCUUGGAACCAUUCCUAUAGGGUGUUUACCAGGAGCGAGACAAGUGAACGAAGAUUUUACAUGUAAUCCGACUGUAAACUAUGCUGCUAGAAUAUAUAAUCAAAAGGUAUCGACCAUGGUCGAUAAAUUCAGCCAAAAUCUGCCCGAUGCGAAACUCGUCCACAUCGAUUUGUAUAAUCCACUCAUUCAUGUCGUCAAUAAUCCUAAACAAUAUGGCUUUACAACGGCAAAACCAUGUUGUUGCUCGGUGAUGAGUCCGAUUCCAUGCUUAAAUUCGUCUAAUCACGUGUUCUGGGACUUUGGUCAUCCUUCUGAAAAAGCGAUCAGAACUGUUCUACCCAGUGUCGUCAAUGCCAUCCGCAAUAAGCUCGCU